CAAGCAGCUUGUUAAGAACGGUUGACAAUUCGGUCCUCUAAAAACCAGCAAGUCCCUAAUCCUCAACUAUGGAUGAUGCUACAGAAUACCAGAGACUUCGCAGAAACAUGGAGGAAGGUCAAGGAUCUAGGCAAGGACAACCAGGAUCGAGCAAUGACAUUUGCUCUACAGUUGUCUACACCGCGGAAGGAGAGGAACUCACCAUAAACUGCGAGGUGGAGGUGCAAUCCGAAUCCUCUAGCCGAGAUCAGUGGAGCAAGGGUGUGGAGUUCCUCUUCUCUUGCAUCGCUUUAUCCGUGGGUCUUGGAAAUGUCUGGCGGUUUCCCUUUAUUGCAUUGGAAAACGGAGGAGGAGCCUUUUUGAUCCCCUAUGUGAUAGUUUUGCUUCUAAUUGGAAGACCUGUUUACUAUCUGGAAGUGAUUGUGGGACAGUUUUCAAGUCGUGGUUGCAUUAAGGCUUUUGAUAUGGCGCCUAUUAUGAAAGGUAUUGCCUAUGGGCAGGUGUACUCCACCGCAUUGGCUACAACUUACUACGCCUGCAUUAUGGCAUUGACCAUCAGAUAUUUGGUGGCCAGUUUCAGUGAGGUCCUGCCAUGGACUUAUUGUCUGGUGGAAUGGGGCAGCAGUUGUGUGGCCACAGGAGCCUCUGCCGCCAACGAUACAUCUAUUUCCCAGGGCGUCUCCUCCGCGGAGUUAUUCUUUACACAAACGGUUCUCAGGGAACCCGAAACUUUGGAGGAUAAUGGUUUGGGAACUCCCAGCUGGGAUUUGGUGUUAUGCCUCCUAGCCACCUGGGUGAUUAUUGGCACUGUUUUAUCCAAGGGAAUAAGGAGUUCAGGGAAGGCUUCCUACUUCCUGGCCCUCUUUCCCUAUGUGAUUAUGUUCGUACUGCUGAUCAGGGCAGUCACUUUGCCAGGAGCUUGGCAGGGUAUUGUGUACUUUUUGAAGCCACAAUGGUCACAGUUGCUGAAUCCCCACGUUUGGUAUGCGGCCAUUACGCAAAUGUUUUUCUCUCUGGCCAUUUGCUUUGGCACUCUGAUUAUGUACGCUUCCUUCAACGAUUUCCACAAGAAUGUGCACAAAGAUGUGAUUAUAAUCACCACCAUAGAUUCACUAACUUCCAUUCUGGCUGGUUGCAUUAUCUUCGGAAUUCUAGGCAAUCUUGCUUAUGAGACAAACACCUCGGAUAUUUCGCAGGUGGUCAAAGGUGGAGCUGGUCUUGCCUUCAUUUCCUAUCCGGAGGCCAUUGCCAAGUUCAAGUACCUUCCCCAACUGUUUGCCGUGCUGUUCUUCUUCAUGCUCCUGGUCUUGGGAAUAGGAUCGAAUAUCGGAAUGGCGAGUGCUGUGGUGAAUGUGGUCAAGGAUCGAUUCACCCACUUGCCACAUUGGUUGUUAGCUGUCGGAGCCUCGGUGAUUGGCUUCCUUUGCGGACUGGUUUACAUGACUCCGGGUGGACAGUUUAUACUGAAUCUCGUGGAUUUCUAUGGCUGCACCUUUAUAGCCUUGGUCUUGGCCAUCGCAGAGUUAUUGGCAUUCAGUUGGAUUUAUGGCGUGAAGCGCAUCUGCAGCGACAUUGAGUUCAUGUUGAAUGUGAAGACCAGCUUCUACUGGCGCAUUUGCUGGGCCAUUGUGGCACCUGGCCUGAUGUUUUUGGUCCUGGCCUACAUGCUUUUUAGCUACGAACCUCUUACGUAUCGGGGAGUUCAGUAUCCACCUGCUUACUACAUGGCUGGUUGGCUUAUUUGGGGAUUGGGAGUGCUGCAAUUGCCCUUCUGGGCUUUGGUCACGAUUUUCCAGCAGCCCGGCAAAACUUUUGGCAGUAAAAUAAGAAUGGCCAUGCAGCCCACUGCCAAUUGGGGUCCCCUGCAAACCCAAAAGUUCGAGGCCUACGUUCUGCAUCGAAAACGCGAGGCUGAUUUCAAGAGACCACGGGGCGGAUACAUGUUCGACAAUAUCUUUGGCUAAAAGUCUCGUUUAGUG